CAGUCUCAGUUUUCCAGUCCACCGUGCAAGUACGCAGCGCCAAGCGGUUCGCCUUCCCAAAGAAACAAAGUGACUGUGUCCAGUGACAAAAUGCAAGGCUAGCCGAGCCAAGCCAAGCCGAGUCAAGCCAAGCCAAAACCGAGAGUGACCGACCACAACCGGGUGUCGAGUGUGCUGAAAAUUCAGUCCCUCAACCGUGUGCUUCCCCCCCAAAAUCGAUCAGUUAUCGAAGGAUCUUUCAAUUCGAUACACCCGCAGGCCGCCCCUUUUGCGAGCUAAUUCUCGACGAAGGAGAGACAGAGCGACACUUGGUUACCUUGUGGAGUAAGCGGCUCUGAGUGCCGGAGACCAGUCAAAAUGUUUCCGCCGCGGCUGCUACAAGUUGCCUUUGUGAUAUGCCUGCUGAUUGUCUUGCUCUCACCGUCCACUGACAGUGCACAGACCAAAACCCGAAGACGCCUGCGACGCCCCACAACUGCGGCCAGCUCAUCGCGCAGCAAUUUGAUCGAGUCCAAGAAAUCGACCGAGGCUCCGGUGGCGGAGAAGCGCAUCGAUCAGAUAACCGCCUCCACCACCACCAGCGUACGCCGCACCCGUCUGCGCAACAAGUCGAAGCUGGGCGGAGGAGCUGCCGUCGGAGCAGCAGCAGUCGGCGGAUCGGCCUUGGUGGCCAGUGGAUCCUCACUGAAGGGCAAGAAGACCAAGGUGGAAGAUAGCACGCCAAAGAUUGUCUGUUACUACACCAAUUGGUCUCAGUAUCGCGUGAAAAUUGGCAAAUUUGUGCCGGAGGAUAUCCCAGCCGAUCUCUGCACCCACAUUAUAUUCGCCUUUGGCUGGCUGAAGAAGGGCAAGCUGAGCUCCUACGAGUCGAACGAUGAGACCAAGGACAACGUUCCCGGACUGUACGACCGCAUGAUGAGUCUGCGCAAGGCCAAUCCCAAGCUAAAGAUCCUUCUUGCCAUAGGUGGAUGGUCGUUUGGAACCCAGAAGUUCAAGGACAUGUCUGCCACACGGUACACGCGCCAGACCUUUGUCUACUCGGCCAUUCCCUUCCUGCGGAAGCGUGGCUUCGACGGCUUGGACAUGGAUUGGGAGUACCCCAAGGGCUCGGAGGACAAGAAGAACUUUGUGCUGUUGCUGAAGGAGAUGCGCGAGGCAUUCGAGGCCGAGGCCCAGGAGCUGAAGAAGCCGCGUCUCCUGCUCUCCGCCGCCGUGCCCGUGGGCCCGGACAAUGUGCGUGGAGGAUACGAUGUGCCAGCCAUUGCCAGCUAUUUGGAUUUCAUCAACUUGAUGGCCUACGACUUCCACGGCAAGUGGGAGAAGGAGACGGGCCACAAUGCACCGCUGUAUGCACCCUCCACCGACUCCGAGUGGCGCAAGCAGCUGUCCGUGGACAAUGCUGCCAGUCUCUGGGUCAAGCUGGGUGCUCCCAAGGAGAAACUAGUGAUCGGCAUGCCCACCUAUGGGCGUUCAUUUACGCUGGCCAACACCGACAAGCACGGUCCCAAUGCCCCCGCCACAGCCGGCGGCCGGGAGGGAGUGUACACAAAAGAGAGCGGCUUUCUGGCCUACUACGAGAUCUGCGAGAUGUUGCUGAACGGUGCCGUCUACGUCUGGGAUGAGGAGAUGAAGGUGCCCUACAUGGUGGAUGGCGAUCAAUGGGUCGGCUUCGAUGACGAGCGCGCCAUCAGGAAUAAAAUGCAGUGGAUCAAAACGAAUGGCUACGGUGGCGCCAUGGUGUGGACCAUCGACAUGGACGACUUCAAGGGUGAGGUGUGCGGCGGCAAUGUCAAGUAUCCAUUGAUUGGCGCCAUGCGCGAGGAACUGCUGGGCAUAUCUCGCGGCAAGGAGGCCAAGGACGUCAAUUGGACAGCCAUAGCCGCCACAUUCGAGGACAUCGAAGAGAAACCGGAACCCAUCAAAAUCUCAGUGGACGAAGUACUGAAAAAGGUGCGGAAGCCCCAGGGUGCCAAGAAGCAGCGCAUCAAGUCCGGCGCCAAUGCAAUCGAACAGAACACACGUCCCGCCCAGGUGUUCUGCUAUCUGACCAGUUGGUCAGCCAAGCGACCAGGAGCUGGCAAGUUCCAGCCUGAGAAUAUUGAUCCCAAGCUCUGCACGCACAUUGUCUAUGCUUUUGCCACGCUGCAGGACUACAAGCUGACAGAGGCCACCGAUGACGAUCCGGAGAACUACGAGAGUGUAAUUGGCCUGCGGGAUGCCAAUCCCGAUCUGCAGAUUCUGUUGGCCAUUGGAGGCUGGGCCUUCGGCUCGACGCCCUUCAAGGAGCUCACCUCCAACGUCUUCCGCAUGAAUCAGUUCGUGUACGAGGCCAUUGACUUUCUGCGUGACUACAAAUUUAACGGCCUGGAUGUGGACUGGGAGUACCCGCGCGGUGCCGAGGAUCGCGUAGCCUACUUGAGUCUGCUGAAGGAGCUGCGCGUCGCCUUCGAGGGAGAGGCAAAGUCCUCUGGGUUGCCGCGCCUGCUCUUGACUGCCGCUGUGCCGGCUUCAUUUGAAGCCAUCGCCGCUGGCUACGAUGUGCCGGAGAUCUCCAAGUACCUGGACUUUAUAAAUGUGAUGACCUACGACUUCCACGGCCAGUGGGAGCGCACGGUGGGGCACAACUCCCCGCUCUUCGCCUUGGAGUCGGCCACCGGCUACCAGAAGAAGCUCACCGUCGACUACAGUGCCCGCGAGUGGGUGAAGCAGGGCGCGCCCAAGGAGAAGCUGCUGAUCGGCAUGCCCACAUACGGACGCAGCUUCGAGCUGGUCAACGACACUCAGUUCGACAUUGGAUCGCCAUCGUCGGGCGGCGGCAAGGCCGGAAAGUUCACCAACGAAGCUGGCUUCCUCAGCUACUACGAGGUGUGCUCCUUCCUGGCUGCCGAAAACACAACGCUCGUCUGGGACUCGGAGCAGCAGGUGCCCUUCGCCUACAGGGGAAACCAGUGGGUUGGCUUUGACGAUGAGCGCUCGCUAAAGACAAAGACCGAAUGGCUGAAGGAACAAGGCUUUGGUGGCAUUAUGGUCUGGUCGAUUGACAUGGACGACUUUUCCGGUCGCUGCGGCAGUGGCAAGUAUCCACUGUUGAAUGCCCUGAACGAUGAGCUGAAGGACUACAAGGUUGCGUUGGAGUACGAUGGACCCUAUGAGUCCCAUGGCCCACGCGGAGCAUACACAACAAAAGAUCCUCAUGACGUUACCUGCGCGGAGGAGGAUGGACACAUCAGCUAUCACAAGGACUGGGCUGAUUGCACCCACUACUACAUGUGCGAGGGCGAGCGCAAGCACCAUAUGCCAUGUCCUGCCAACUUGGUGUUCAAUCCCAAUGAGAAUGUCUGCGAUUGGCCCGAGAAUGUCGAAGGAUGCCACACCCCAACGGAGGCACCAGCCUAAGGGAUGCCCUGCCCCCUGCCCUAUCGAGGCCCCACUCGAUUUGUUAAUAUUAUGAAACGGAUGCCCUAGAACUAGUAAUAAUAACGCGAAACUGCCACAAAACUACAUAUUUUGCUGCCCCCACUCCCCCACUAACAAAAUAAUCGAAAACUUGCUACAUUUCGGCUGAAUUUUUUUAAAAAUUAUUUUAUAAGCUUAGAUAGUGCCCCUAAGUAGUUUUUAUGUCUUAGUUACAAAUGCGCGCAUGAUCGGAAAUCAUUACUAGACAGCUGUUACUCUCCCCCACCCGCCACUUUCCCGUCGACUCCAAUGCGAGAGGUAACAAAAUGGUUCAUAUGGAAGCGUCCCGAAACUUCUGUGUAUCAUACUGUGAUAAUCAUAAGAAACACCAACACAAACGGAUCGACCUAAGCAGUCACCAAUCUAAAUUUUGUCUAAAUCGAAACAAAUCCAAGCAAGAACCGUUUCCGCCUAAAUUUCACAAAGCAUUUUGCUGCCUUUGCCGCCCCGUCCUUAGAGCCCUUUCCUUUCUUAUCUAAUGAGAUGAUGACAACAACAGAACAGGCGUCGCACAAAGAAAAUUGUACAUUUUCAAGUUUUAUCAAUAAAAUUUGUAUUAUAGAGUUGUAAUU